ACGACGCUAUACUCCGGCCACUUUUCAUCCUCGACUUUCCCGUCGGUUUCUUCGGCCUGGUCUCAAUUCAAUUAGAAUUUUACGGGACUCGUUGAACGCGCCAAAACGACCUCCAGUCAGACAUUUUCAAUGGUGACGUUUCCUCGUGAAUUCUGACGAACCUUCCUCCUUCCAACGGAUACUCUUCAGGGUGUACCGUCGACUUGUUCCGAGAUACCCAUGAGAAUUUUCCAUUUCUAAGCAAAGUGUCGGUGAACGGGUUCGCUUAGGAUACGUGUACGGUUUUUGUCUCGAAGAAUCCUUCGUUUGGAGUACUUGGUAACAGUGAACGAUCAAUCCCUUAACUUCAUCGUUGUCUUCGGGGUUGAUUCGUGAACAGAUAGUGAGAGUGUUUAUCAGUGGUUACAGGAAGCUUGGAAUCUGAUCGAUCACGAUCGUUUGACUAUAAACGAGAUGAUUAUGAUGAUGAUCAUCAUGAUGAUGUGGUUAGUGAAGAGUACGUGAUGAAGAUUCAGUGAUCUGUGCUGUUCUGUGAUAAGAAUGUAACCAGAUUGACUUGAGAAUCGAAGGAAAGUCUGUUUGAAAGAUGCAGUCGACUUGUCAGCAACAACAGGCUCAACCGGGUCAAAAUGGGACUUCGGCUAGUAGAACGUCGUUCUUGAUCGAGGACAUUCUGAGCCGCAGCACAGCACAAACUCACUCCCCUCAUCAUCAACCUUAUCAUCAACAUCUAACGUCUAAUCAUGGUGUGCAACAUCAACAAUACCAGCAAUUCGCUAGUUUAUUACCUGGCUACCAUUCGGCACCACCUACAGCUGCUUUCUUUUUGGGACCACUUUUUAGUAACACUGCUAUGGGGGUCGGAGUGGUUCCGGGGGUUAGUGAACUGGCGGCCUUGAAACACUGCCGUCGACGAAAGGCAAGAACAGUGUUCAGUGAUCAACAAUUAGCGGGUUUGGAAGCUAGAUUCGAGGUGCAGAGGUACCUAAGCACCCCGGAAAGGGUCGAGCUUGCGGCGGCACUUCACCUCUCGGAAACCCAAGUGAAAACGUGGUUUCAAAACCGACGAAUGAAGCACAAGAAACAAUUAAGAAAAUUGAGCACAAGCGGAGGGAGCAACAGCAAUCAAAAUUCUAAUCAGCAAUGCACCGGUCAAUCUGUUUCCGUCUCAUCGCCGGCGGAAAGACCAGUGGAUUUCUCGUUGAACGGUGGCCGAGAAUCUAGAGCGAGCAGCGACGCACCGAUCGACUCGGACGACGAUGAAAUCGACGUUCUAGGCGACGAGACACCGUCGCCGACACGAAAUAAUAAUAUUCACAUGUCCAGACACAAUGGUUCACCGACGAGUUUUCAUCAAAUCACGCACCCACAUUCGGUUACCCUGUCCCAUCAACCAGGACAAACUAUUCAACGUCAGCAUCGCUGAAACCAAUUACUCCAAGGAUACUAUUCCUUCGGAAGUAAAAUAAUAUUUUAAAUCUACCUAAGCGUACAAGAAACGACAGACUUGGAAAAAGAAGUUCAAUAAUUUAGUGAACAGUGAAAAAUAAUUUGGAUCUUAUCAAAGAUUCUCCUUAUUUAUUUAACGUGCAAUUAUAGUUUAAAGAAUAAUUAACUUUAUUAAAUGUAUAGCGAUUCUUUGUGCAAAAUUUAAGAAGAAAAAAAAAAUACUGUGCUGGAUUUACAAAAGUCAGACACAUUUUGUAAAGACAAAUUCUUCUUCAAUUAUUCAAAUUCUUGGUAUAUUUAACUUUUUAUUAACUACAAUGUGCACCUGCGAUCAAAUCAGGCUUUCCUAGGAAACCUGGUGAUGCCCCGUGUUACUACCUUCCCGGUAGGCAUCCGCGGGAAGAAUGACUGCAUAGCGAAAGGGGCCCUAUAUAUAUAUAGACCUGCGGCGGACCGCCACUUGCAUACAAAUA